AUGACUACUACUACUAUACCAGGACCUUACCCUGGCGCCUUAGACCAGCUCGGCCAGAGUACCCAAUUCCCAGUUUUCGAAAAUUCGGCUUUCUUUUAUAAUGAUUUCUUAAAAAUCCUAUUUCGUUCAAUAUUGAAGUUGUUGAAAACUAGUGAACACCAAGCUUACCAAGAACCUGCAAGGGUCAGAAAUGAAGUCCCGCCGGAUAAAGGAGUCGAUUCCGAGUCUCCUGGUGAAAAUCUGAUGAUUAUUGACCAAGAUAUGGACGGAGGCGAAAAUGUGGCAGUUGUUGAUUCUCAGGAACGUGGAAUCAACACAGUUGGCCGUAACAACAAUUUGGAACGUACCAAAGACCCUAGUCAACCUCGUAUGUCAUACAGUGAAGCUGCUGGAGCUAACAACGAAACUGCUAGAGCCAGCAACAACCCCAGAAAGAAAUCAAAAUCAGGAUCUGAACUUCCUGAGUUAACUGAUGAAUUAAUUGAAAAAUACAAAAUUGGAAAAGACAGAGAUGAAUUCCUUGCUCAAUAUUACGAAAAACAUUUCCUUUCAAAGUUAAACCCUUUACAGCAACAAGGACACAUUGAACGGAUGAAUGAGACCUCCAAAGAUAUCAAAAAUUUUUAUUAUGCAGAAACGUACAAUCACAACCAAAUGAGUAUUAAACUUAAAAAUCCAAAUGACUGUUACACACCUCAUGAACUUACUCGCAUCAUGUACCAUCAUUGCUUAAGCAAAAUCCAAGAGAUUGAGAACGACCUCACAUCUAAUCUUGAUAAAAUUAACAAAUUACAAAAAAAAUUGGAAAAAACUAAAAACGAUAAAAAAGACCCAGUAAACCAAAAUAAAAUCAAUCAAUUAACCGAAGAAGAGAAAACAGAUAAUAGUGACUAUGGUCAGGCAAUGAAACUCCAAAACUUAAGAAGGGCCGAAUUAGAAUAUUUGCAAAUUAUUGAUGUUGCUGUUGAAAACUCCCAAAUGAUUACGGUAGCUACUCCAUUUUUUCAAAAGAUUCAACAAACCUUAAAUGUCAAAGAAUUCAUUACCGCAGUAAUGAGCGAACCAAUGUUAAUUCCUGACGAACUAGUACAAAGAGAAGACAAUGAUUCUAUUAGAAGCCAACCACUUAAAUUGAUUCCAGUUGAACAACACCAAGAUCAGUUAGUCUUAAUGAAUCUCCAUUGUAAUGGAGCUUAUAGCAAAUCUUGGGAUAAAUUAUUAAAAGAACACUUUCCAGAGAAGAGUCCUCCGGUGAGAGAUGCUCGUAUCCAAUCAUCUAAUCAAUCAACUUUGCAACCAUCAUCUCAACAAACAUCAAAUCAACAACCCAUUACAACCUCAAUCCAACCCACCACUUCAUCCCAACCUAUCUUAAACAAAAAUAAUGAUGAAAAUAAUCCAACAAAAACAACUCCUAAGAAAAAUGUAACUAUCGAUGAAACCGCAAACCAAACUUAUAUUAUUGACAAAGAAGGCUUCAGAAGAGUUCUCUCAAAAACUGAAAUUAGAGCCAUUAAUAAGGCAAGAAAACAACAACAACAGCAACAACAACAACAACAACAACAACAACAGCAACAGCAACAACAACAACAACAACCAAAAAUAACACUGAUAUUAACUAGACCAACAACUUCCAACAAUACUUCGAGCAAUACUCAACCCACCAUCAAUGUCAAUCCAAGAAAUGAACAACCUAUCACAUCAUCCCCCUCUCAAUCCUCUUCAACUCCAGAAGAAACCGCACAAGAUGUUUUAACCGUUCCUUCCACAUCCCAACUAAUUAGUAAAUGGCAACCCACAGAAACAACUGAAACCAUAUUAACAAUGAAUAUGGAUUCAGACGACGACAAGAAAGAUGACGACUAUGAUAUGUCUGAUUCACAUUCUUCAAGCUCAUCUGAUUCAUCAAACGAUCCUUCAGAUUCCGAUCAAGACAUGGGCACUGAUGACAUAGACGCUGAUGAGCAAACAAAACUCAUGGAAGAGGCUAAUACUCCUCUUUCAUCUUUACAAUCAACUAAUUUAUAA